CCGGAGGUAGUGGAAAUAGCAAUAGUAGCAGCACAUGUGAAACUCCGAUGUAACAACCACGGAGCAAUAAUGAACGAAGAGAGAUCCAAUAAUAAUUCUCUGAAGUAUGGGGUUGAUCAGAACCCCAACAGCAACUGCUUCUUCUUGCAUUCAAAAAAUCUGUCAAUCACUUGGGGUGAAGACAAUCGUUAUUGGCGCUGGUCGAAGAUAGAAGAAACAAGUGAUAAAGUCGUCGAUGUCGCUGAACUCUUAGAAGUUUGCUGGCUAGAAGUGCGUGGAGAAUUGGAGACAAGGAAGCUAUCACCAGGAACUAGAUAUGAAGUGGCAUUUGUGAUAAUGAUGAAAGAAGCAGCUACUGGAUGGGAAGCUCCAGUGAAUGUCAGACUUAUUCUUCCAGAUGGAAACAAACAAGAAGGAAAAGAAAAUCUUAUGAAAAAGCCGAGAGGGGAAUGGAUAGAGAUCCCAGUAGGCGAGUUUGUAGCAUCACCAGAAAAGUCCGAAGAGAUGAAAUUUUCAAUUUACGAACAUGGCGGGCAUUGGAAGAGAGGCCUUGUCGUCAAAGGCAUUGCAAUUCGCCCCAAGUACUAGGUUCUACAGUGUUGGGAGAUGUUUUUAUCUGGCUAUGAAUGUGAAAAAUUAAAUCGAAAUAAAUAAAUAAAUAAAAAAAAGCAGUGGAACAAAUGCUUCAUCAUU